GACGCUUAUAGUUGUUGACAUAUGUUUCUUCGAGUGUGCCGUGUAUAUUUUAUGCUGGUUUGUGUUUAUAAAAUGAUAAAUAUAAUACAAAUGGCUUUCUAUACAUCUUUCUGACGUUGAGUGCAUGGCUAUUAAUAUUAAAAACCACCUGGAAUUAACAGAUAUUCUUUCACAAAUGACAACUCGUGUCUUCUGUCGUGUUUUGAUUCUUUUCGCGGUUUUUUAUCCUAAAUCGACGCAUUGUCAGAGUUUCAGUGAUCCGACAGCAGUGACUGAUUCUAUGAACACUACGCAGACCUUCACUGAUCAGACGAGCACCGAUCGGAGUCAAUACCCCUUCACAUUUACUGACAAGCCACCUACAACCUCUAACCAGUUACCAUUAAUAACAGCAGCAGCGACGGAUCCAUCUGUGACCGCAGCUCUCACAACAGAUUCUGUUCUGCGCAUUAAUGCCACAAUACUGCCCAUCACAAACCUGACGGACUGUCCCUGUGAUGUCACUCCUGAUUUUUGUGACAUUGGCUGCUGUUGUGAUGUCAUCGACUGCGGUCUCCUCAACCUCAGCUCUGUGUUUAACGGCUGCAGUCAGGACACAAGGUCUGGCGUGUGUCUUGAGAGCUGGCUGAUGUUCAGAGCCAACAUCGAUCCAGCGCUAGUUACACUCAAGGGAAACCUGUUUUGUGUUCAGAGAGAAGAGGAAUUGCAGUCAGGCACUCAGACUUCUUCUGCUGUCUCUCAAUCCAGUCCUCUCUAUCCACUUUCAGUGAGAGAUCCUACAGCCUUCAACAGGCACAAAUACAAUUUUUACAAGGUUGAUGACAUCAUUCUGACCUAUUACAACAGCACGUCCAUAGUGAGCACACUGAGACAGCCGUCACCGGGUCCAGCUACAUCCACCUGUGUCAACCGCAAUCCUGCAAGGUUCUUGCGCUCUAGUUCUCUGUCCUGCUCUCGUAUGGUGACUGCUCGCUCUUGUGUGGAUGACAGCAGUUUGAACGCUCAAAACUAUUACACUGAUUUUAGCAUACUGAAGGUUCCCAGGGCCCAAAUGGAGAACAGGGCAGAACUGAUCCCAUUGUCUACAGUGCGUGACUGGCCUGAACCGCAUGAACAGAUCGGCUUAUGUCUGAAUGUGGUGUCAAAGGUGGAGUAUGCAAUCAAGUACACCGGCAAAGGAGAGAUCGUACAGGCCACAGUGAACAUAGAACUGAUGAACACAAGUACAGAUACACAGCUACUGCAAAAGCAUACAGUUGUAUUUGAGUUGGCCACACCCACUCCCCCAGUGGCUACACCCACACCGUCAUUAUUUCCAGAAGGGCUGAAACCCGGUUCGCCAGUAAUUGGCUGGUUUGCUGAAAAAGCGCAACCUCUGACAGUUAUGGGCUUGUCUGAGGAUGGAGGGUGUUCAGCAGGGCUCACUACUCGGCCCGCUGUUCUUUUCAAGCAAAAUACUAUGACUGGCUGCACCUUCAGGUCCUCAUCCAGUGAAUGUGCUGUGCUAAGAGCUGAGCUGCUGGGGGUUUUAACAGGAGCUGCAGUGCCUGAUCUGCUCAGUAUGACUGCAGGCUCUCAGACAGACAGGACUCAGGUCAUAACAGAGGACUGCUCAGUGCCGGCUUCAGGGGAGGUAUGUGAAACAUGCUGUCUGCUGCCCGUCUCUUUAUCAGUGCGAGUGCUCUGGGCUCAGACGGGCCUCAGGGCUCUCCCACAGAACCACAUCCUGGGGGCCAAAUACAUCUUCAGCUGUCAGAGACUAAAGUGUCCCCUCCGUUCUUUUGUGCCAGUGACCAUUGACGUGACGUUCUCUGAAGCUACAGUUUACCCAGAAUCCCCACGUGGGGAACCACAGCCUGAGUGGAAGUUUCCAUUUGAUUUUUUCUCCAGAGGGGCCGGAGAGUUUGAUCAAGAGUAA